GCCGAGAUGACGAGUAGUGCAUAUGGAGAGGCAGGAAGGUGCAGUCAGUACCAGCUGUGGCCUGUCGAGGACUCUAACGUCUACAUCGCUGUACUGUUUGAUGAGAAGGAAUGUUCUAAGCAGCAGAAGGGCUCGACCAACAUGCCCUCAAAGCGACGACACUGCACUGCGUGUGAUCUGCGCAAUCUAGACCAGUAUCCAACAUGCAGGGACACUCGUCCAGAAGCUUGUGAUUGUCCGUGCACGUCUGCUGCCAGCUACGGUCACUGCCAAGACCAGUACACACUUAAAUCGGAUGACUGGCCAACGUGCGUACCGGAACCGCCACAGUACCGAGGCGACUUCGGUGUGGAGCCAAUGUGGCAGGGCAUAUCCGAUUGUUAUCUGACUAACUGCAGUGAGCACACGAGUGACUUUACCUGCCUGGAUAACACGUGCGCGUGGGUAUGUGAGUCCUGUGUGUCUAGGGAACAGUGCCACCAGGAGUCCACAAAGUGUCCAACUGUGUCUGGGUUUGCAGCCAGCAAGGGUGGGGCAGGUAUCAUCUUUUUGAUAUUCUGGUUAAUGGUGGUAAUUCUACCUUUCCUAACCAACCUGAUUUGCGAUGUCAUCAGUGUUUUUCGAUGUUUAUUCGUUGUUAUUCGGAGGAGGAAAAUGAAUGCGAGCCAACAGAAUACGGAGAACGAAGAGAGAGAUCGACGAGUUUCUGUCCGUAUCCAUGACCUUCCCGCAGUUCCACAGGGAGGUGCGACAGAGUUCGACAACGAAUGGUAUGUUAGGAACGCCAAGGGAGUGCACAAUCAGCAGGAUGGUGGUGCCAUGGCUGCUGCGUAUGAUUUGCAACGAUACUGACACUCCCCUCCCCCGGCAUACAACGACCCGAGUUGGUUCUACCAUUCAACGUGAUCUGGCUGAGAUUGGCUUGCCUCUGUAUUACUUAAUGCACAGCAUAUAAUGUCAGACUGCCCUCGGUCAAUGUAGUCGCUGGGUCUCUUUCUGCUGCCAGGCGACUGUGCGCUGUAGCUUGCGUGCUAUGUGCGCCGUGUAAUUGUGUGUAAAACAGGAAUAAAAUGAGAGUAGACUGAUGUAGAUUACAAACUGCCGUUUCACCGUAUAUUAUAUACUCUCUAAAACACGUACAAAUCACACAGGUUAAACUAAAGGUUUCACAAUGCACAUACAAACGAGCAACCGAGGGUUGGGUACACGAGAGCCUCGUCUCUUCCGCGCGAGCUCUCUUAUACCUCCCUUUGUAAAAUUAGCCGUGAAUCUCUUACCAAAUAUGUUUCUGCCAAUCACUGCUGACUACAGGGACGGUAGAGGGUUGGAAUUAUUGGCUAUGGUCAGUUUGUAGAGUGGGAUAGAGUGGACGGCCAAUGGCGAGUAACGAGUGGGCCGAUGUGUUUACGCCCCGUCGUCCACGUGGGUGCCCAACGUAGGUGGCGUGGGUAUGACGUAUGCUGGAUGAUCGCUUACCGUAAUUGAGCGUUAACAGUCUUCUGGAAAUAUCUUCAUUCGGCUAAUGUGUAUAUCUAGUUUGUAUUUAGCCGCAAGCUGCCCGGUAGUAAUGGGAGAGAAGCGGCUAAUGUGUGUAUCUUCAGUGUAGAACAGCUGUUUAGCAGCUGUGUAAAAACAACGUUAUGCUAAUGUGUGUAUGUUCUUGCCGACCGCUGAACAGUAUUAAUGUAGUGAUGCGGCUAAGGUGUGUAUUUAAGAUCUCAACCGUUGUAAGCUAACCCGCACUGUGGACAGUGAUGCGGCCGACGUGUGUACCUAGUUUGUAACCGAGCGAAGCACAAUUACUAUUAAGUUCUGUUUACUGUGGAACUAAUUUUAACAUCUGUUUGUGUGUCCGGCAGAUAAAUCAGUCUUUUAGCCAGCUGGUGAGGUGUAAGAUUAUGCUGGGUGGAUGUUCUGCUGCUGGUAAUAGUGUAACAUUAGCCUGUGUGUGAGCUGGUAUUAAAUGCGUUCGCGGAAUGACGUUAGCUACAUUGCUACAUUUCCCCCCACGCCGGGGAAUGACGAUGACCCAUCGUCAAUGCAGUUCCGGCUGCUCUACUAAAUGGGGUGUAAAAAUUCCGGUUGGAGAGCAACGGUAAUGUCAUUUGCCGCAGUGAAUGAAGAUCGUAUUACUUUAGUUAAGUUUGAUGUGAAUUUAGAGAUGUGAUUAAUGAAGGGGUAGCAUAGGUAUAGGUAGAAGAUGUAGCCGUUAGCAGUGAUUGGCGAAAGGCAGGAAAUGCACUAGGAUAAAAUUUUGUAAACAAGAUGACAAUCCGAAUGAGCAAAGCAAGGAAGCAUAGUAAUGAAGUGCAGUAAUAACAAUAGCAUGUAAAGCAGAAAUACAGAAAAACUUAGCGCGAAAUGUAGCGACAAAACAAAAUUGAAGCGCAGGUGAAAGCAAAAUUCAUGGUAACAGCAAUAAAAUCUCAAACAUAUAAGCAGUAAAUUAAAACUGUUAUGAAUAAAUACGGAUUAAAACACGGGGAAAUACGGCAGUGGAAACGCAAUAAUAUAAUAAAAUAAGCAGGCAAUAUGAAAUACAUGACAUAGGCAAUUGAUAAGCAGUAAAUGAGCAAAUAGAUAGGAAAUACUAGGGAAUUAAAGGUAAACCAAUAAGCUGAUACGUGUUUAUGGAAAGGAGGGUAGGGAAAGAGUAGGUAGAAGAGUGGGAGAGAAAAGAAACGCAGUGCCGAAAGGGAAAGUAGCGAAAAGGAAUUUGUAAUGAACAGAG